AUGAGAUCUUGUGCACCGAUGAAUGAGGACUUUGACGACCUAGCGUCUCUUUUCAUGUCUGAUAUUUUUCACGGACAUCCUGCAGAGGCACAGCAUGUUCCAGAGCCCUCAGUGAAGCGUGAAACCCAUGAUUCAGGUCCAGGCUUUGAAAACCUUGUUCGAACAUCAACGUCCACCGACGACUUCAACGACUUUCUCAAUAACAAUUCGUUUAUAAACAACCUGCUGGAGGUUCCCAAUCCCCAGCAAAGUGGCCAGCAUGGCACGUUUGGUCACAACCAUUACCCUGGGUUAUACUUACAUGGAUUUCAAGCAAACUCCGCUACCUACGGAACCCAAGUGGGACACUUGGUGCAGCAUAUGCCGGUUCUAUUCAACCAGCUGCAGUCAGCGCAACCACAGGUACAACCGCAGUUGAUGGGACAACAGGAACAGGGGCAAAUGCAGCAGAUGUAUGAUUUUCAGCAGCAUCAAAUGCGACAGGCACCUCACUUAAUGGGCCCUCCAACUACUUCAGCGAUGCCUGGAAGUGGGGUUUCGAGUGACCAGGAGGUGAUGUUCUCGACGCUUUCAUUUGAAAACUCCCCUGUGCCAGACCAGCGAAAUAAGACCGCACGAAAUAACGAUAAUGGAGACGGUGCGAAACAAAAACUGACCAAGGCAAGGUCCACCCUUCCUGCUGGGUCAAUUCUGUCCAUAGGAUCUUCUUCUCGAGGACAGGGUCUGAACGAUACUCGUUCAGAAUCUGGAACAGGAGGACCAUUGGGAAAGAAAGAAUCCCUCGGACGUCCGUAUCUCGAACCACGAAUACAGAUACGUUACAAACAAAAACGACUUACUCGGCUCUUAGACCUUAAAGACAGCAGUCCUGUGCAAAACUACACCAUCUCAGACAAAAAUGGAAGCAACGUUAAUGUCAAUUUCUCGUGCUUUCUCACCGGCAAAUUACUAACCAAUGAUUUUGAUAAUAGCAUAUACCUUCUCAUGGCUGAAAAUGCAGACCCCACAAAGAAACACGACGCAAAGAUCAUCAGUUGCUACCGCCGAAACUUGCUCCAGAUCGCUAUGAACCUCAAUCUUACCGGGUUUUCUUCGGACGAAAAAUUGCUCCGGUUGCAAAAUAACGAAUAUGGUUAUAACGUCAGCCGGGUGAUCAAAUGGUUUAAGAUCCAGGUGCUAGCAGUUCCCAGUUCCGAUCCCAAUCACAAUGUUCCAGUCUUGAUCAGAGUUCCAAAAGAUAAAGAGGGACCAUCACCUAAAGGAGAUAUAGCUCCCAUUCCCAUUAAUGAACCAGAACACAUUGUAACCCUCAAUAAUUCCGAGGUGAGAAACGGUACUAUCGACAACUAUUAUCUGGUGAAACAGCUCCAGUUUCGCAAGGCUACUCCGUACAAUGGUAAGUUAACGCUACAAAACUACUUUCAGCUCAAAGUACGGUUGAAAGCCAUAGUCGCCGAUCUCUAUUACGACGACUAUGUCGAUGAUUUCAGUGCCACUUCUCAAAAUACAGAUAGAAACGAGGUUUUGUUGCACGAAGUGACGAGUGAACCCAUCAUUGUUAGAGGAAGAAACCCGCUGUUCUACGAGGAGAGAAACGACUUGUUGCUUGGAAACAGAAAUCCAGAUCUGAGAGCCAGUUUUGAAGCGUUGCGGGCGUACGUAGAUGAGAGCGACGACGACGAAAAUGAAGAGGAUUCGAACGUUGUACCAUCAGGAGCCAAUGCAAUUGCAGGCGACGAAAUCGAUGGAGCUGAUCAUGAAGAACGAGAGGAUGAAGAAGUGGAAGAUGGGGACAUAAUUGAAGAAGGUGAGGAAGAAGAAAAUGGCGAAAUUAACGAAAAUGACGAGAAUGAACGUUCUCGGGAAGUUUCUGUGCCAAGGAAAAACUCCAGUCCUGAUCUUAAAACUCUUUCAAUUGAUAAAGGAAGGUAUAAGUAUUUUCCCAUUUCCAGCAUCUACUACCUUCCACCCAUCACCUCAGUUUACUUUCCACAUGGAGCUCAUCAGAAGAUUGGCAAUGUCAGAUCAGAGGAACCCAGUGACCAUGAAAAAGCUCCCAAGAGACGCAGUAGUAGCAACGUGUAUUUUAGAUAA